GCUCGAGCACGCACAGUCGCGGCUCGAGUUUCGAACUAAACGUAUCGUUAUAAAUAUUAUUAUAAAUAAUUACAUUCUAGUGAUUAUCAAUAUACAAAAUUCAUUCAUGUGCUUGCGUGAUAAUAAAUUAUUUUUGUUUUUAUUGACAGAUGUUUUAUUUAAAUUAACGGUUUACCUGUGAAGAGAAAUAAAAUAAUAAUAAAAAAAAAUUUUUACCAACCCAGGAUCAUGUCAAGUUUUUAAAAUUUGACAACGGUUUGAAUUAUUCAAAGGUUUUUUUUGAAUGGAACAAUAAGUGAAUUUAGUGAAUGGAUUUUAAAAAAUGUAAAUAAAAGUUGGGAACCCCAUGGAGACUGAAAAUAGGCCAGUGAUUAAAUAGUGUUAAUUUAGUGGAUUAUUAAUUAACUAAAUAAAUUUAUUUUUAUUUAUUAAUUGAACAUUAGUUAAUUUUGUUUGUUGUUGUAUAUUUAAAUAAAAAUAAAAUUACUGUUUUAAAUAAAUUAAAUUUAUGUGAAUGUUAAUUUUCCGGCUCAUGUUUAUGAGACGAAAAAUAAUUUUUUAAAAUAAUUAUUGUUGAUGUAAGCAAGACCGGGCUCUAAUUAUAUAUUUGGGCGAGUUGUGUUCGUCAAGUGUCAAAACGUGGAAUGGAUUUUCAAAGCGCCAUGGAGACUUUUGCUGAGGCCUGGGUGGCUGCCAAUACCAAAGUUGAUCCCGUACAGAGUCAAGCACUGGCGCUGACGCACAAGGCAACACCGCCAUCACGUUCAUCAAGUGUGUCCCCGAUCCCGAGGAGCCCGCAAUCUCAGCAAACUGCACACACAACGAACCGUAGCCCGACACCCAGGCCAGCCUCGGUCCAGCAUCCACAGCUGGUACACCAGCCAUCUCAACAGCAGAGUAACUUGAUCGGCGCGAGUGUUGCCCAGCAGCCAUCGAGGACCGAACAUCAACACCAGCAUCAUCAGCACCAGCAUCAGCAUCAACAACAGCAACAGCCGCAAUUAUCGCAAGCAUUUGGAAUCCAUCACAAUCGGCAUACGAAACAGGAAGUUGAUUCUAGCAGCCCGAAGCCCGAGGGCUUUGAUCUCAGCAAAAAUUCAUCUGUUACCGGUAAAAGUCCGGUACCAGUACAUUGUAUAGUUGAAUCAAUUCAUAGUAUUGUUGAUAAUCGUAUUAAUUUACGUGAAAAGUGGCCAAGUCCUCACAUAGAAAUUGAUACUUAUGUCAUCAUUCCAGCAUCUGUGCCGUUCCAGGAUUUAGUGGGAGAGGCACUAGUUCGCUUAGGAUAUCCCACGGACAUGAUACCUAGUGCACGUGGCAGCAUAAUUGUUAAGAACUGGCGUCCAUUACCAAUGGAAAGUGUUGCCGACGAGCCAACUCGGACCGUUGCUGAAAUUUUGUCAGAACUAACGACCGUCUCGACAUUGAGAAUCCAAAUAUACAGAUCUCGACCUCCGCCAGCGAGUCCAGCAGCCGAAAUAAAAGACAAACUUCUGAGGCUUCUGCUUCUUCACAGCCAUGCGCUGCUGAUCUCCGCAGGAUGUCCUCUGGACGAGAUGACACUAUCAUCGCUGUGUCGCGGUGGAGGUGAAGUGACGGAAGACACUCGACGCAGUUUUGAAUCAUGGAUCCAGCAGCAGCAGUUGCCAGGUUUGGGGCCACCGCCCCCGAAUUCGCUGCUGACUGGCUGCAAUAACAAUCGUCAGCUGCAUAAUCAAAGCCCGCUGGACACGGGGGGAGGCGUGGGGCCACCCCACCCACAUGGACAUCACCCCGCGAUGCUCCCUUACUCACACAAAACCCGAAUGCGUACGAGUUUCGAUCCCGAGCUCGAACUGCCGAGAUUGCAACGCUGGUUCGCGGAGAACCAACACCCCUCGCGCCAGCAGAUUCAGCGAUACGUCGCGGAGUUGAACUCACUGGAGUCCCGCCGCGGCCGGAAGCCGCUGGAUGUUAAUAAUGUUGUAUAUUGGUUUAAAAAUGCACGGGCUGCACAAAAGAGGGCUGAAAAUAGGGGAAUUAAUGGGUACAGUCCACCGGGAUUGAGUCCACGUGGUGCUAGUAUUGUUAGCGAAGACUGCUCGGAUGAGGAAGAUGAUUCUAGGCAUCAGUCAAAUUCAGAAUCACCAUGCCUCGCAGGCAGUCCACCAGUAGUAGGUCCACUGUCUCUGACAACCCGCUCAGAAGAUCGAAUGGUGGUCCCAACAUCGACUCCGACCCCCGCGGCAACAGCAACAUCAACCCCUCUGGUAAAACGCGAAGACGAUUCUGCGACAAGGGUUUCAUCGGGUUCAGACGACGAGGACUCACCACCUGGAGUUCCUACGACACCAAUACCUCCGGGAUUUUCAUUAGUGCCCAGUCCGAUGUUCGGCCACAGCAUCAUGUACAUGUCCCACUAUCUCCCAACACGAGGAGGACCUGCCGGCUGUCCUGCCAGUUUGCUAGACGAGCGGAGAAAGAGGAACAGAACAUUCAUCGAUCCCGUUACCGAAGUUCCAAGACUUGAGAAUUGGUUCGGACACAACACUCACCCCAGCCACGCGUUGAUACUAAAAUAUACCGAAGAAUUAAAUCGAAUGCCAUACCGUCAAAAAUUUCCACGUCUCGAGCCAAAGAAUGUGCAAUUUUGGUUCAAGAACCGUCGGGCCAAGUGCAAGCGUCUAAAGAUGGCAUUAUUUGAAGGGGAGUCACCUCAACCACAUCCUUACGCCCACGCAGAUUAAUUUUAAUAAAUUAAAUUUUUAAUCAAUUAUAAAUAUUAAAAUUAUUUAAACUCAAUAAAUAACUCAAUAAAUAAGAUUUAAAUAAAGGUUUUAAAGUGAGAUUAUAAGAGAGUCAUUGAUGCUCUCAUAUAGGCAACCUAGUCCUACAACGAUUGUAAUAACGCAAAGUUUUGAAAAAAUAAUUAAUCAAUUGACUAAUUGAAGUUGACAAAGCUAAAUAAAAAGGUUAUCGUUAAUUAUUAAAUGUAAUUAAAAUAAUGAGGCUGUAAUUUAAUUGUAAUUACGUUAGCAUUGCUCGUUAUAAUUAUUAAUAUGUCGUUACUAGCAUUUAUUAAUCAGCAUAAUAGUGAUAAUAAAUCAAAAAAAUAUUAUAUAUGUAUAAAUAUAUGAUUAAA